CAGCGCCACGUCAGGCGCUGUCCGCGCCCCCGGUGCUGAACCAAGAUGGCCGGUGGCGGCCGGGCCCCGGCGUGAGCAGAGCGCGGGCUGCAGCCGGGAGAUGCCCCAGCCCAGCGGCCGCUGAGCCCGACCCGACAGACCCGGCCCGGCCGCCUCCGGCCCGCCUGCGAGCCCGGAGACAUGUCUCUGCUUUGCGUUGGAGUCAAAAAAGCCAAGUUUGACGGUGCCCAAGAGAAAUUCAACACGUACGUAACCCUGAAAGUGCAGAAUGUCAAGAGCACGACCAUCGCGGUGCGGGGCAGCCAGCCCAGCUGGGAGCAAGAUUUCAUGUUCGAGAUUAACCGUCUGGAUUUGGGACUGACGGUGGAGGUGUGGAACAAGGGUCUCAUCUGGGACACAAUGGUGGGCACAGUGUGGAUACCAUUGCGGACCAUCCGCCAGUCCAAUGAGGAAGGCCCCGGAGAGUGGCUGACACUGGACUCCCAGGUCAUCAUGGCAGACAGCGAGAUCUGUGGCACCAAGGACCCCACUUUCCACCGCAUCCUCCUGGACACGCGCUUUGAGCUGCCUUUAGACAUUCCGGAAGAAGAGGCUCGCUACUGGGCCAAGAAGCUGGAGCAGCUCAAUGCUAUGCGGGACCAGGAUGAAUAUUCGUUCCAAGAUGAGCAAGAAAAGCCUUUGCCUGUCCCCAGCAACCAGUGUUGCAACUGGAAUUAUUUUGGCUGGGGUGAGCAGCACAACGAUGACCCCGACAGUGCAGUGGAUGACCGUGACAGUGACUACCGCAGUGAAACGAGCAACAGCAUCCCGCCGCCCUAUUAUACAACGUCGCAACCCAAUGCCUCAGUCCACCAGUAUUCUGUCCGCCCACCACCCCUGGGUUCCCGGGAAUCCUACAGUGACUCCAUGCACAGUUACGAGGAGUUCUCUGAGCCGCAGGCCCUCAGCCCCACGGGCAGCAGUCGCUACGCCUCCUCCGGGGAGCUGAGCCAGGGAAGCUCACAGCUGAGUGAGGACUUUGACCCUGAUGAGCACAGCCUGCAGGGCUCCGAGUUGGAGGACGAGCGGGACCGGGACUCCUACCACUCCUGCCACAGCUCGGUCAGCUACCACAAAGACUCACCUCGCUGGGACCAGGAUGAGGAGGAGCUAGAUGAGGACCUGGAGGACUUCCUGGAGGAGGAGGAGCUUCCUGAAGACGAGGAGGAGCUGGAGGAGGAGGAGGAGGUGCCUGAUGAUUUGGGCAGCUAUGCCGAGCGUGAAGAAGUGGCUGUGGCUGAGCCCAAAGACUUCAAGCGCAUCAGCCUCCCACCAGCUGCCCCGGGGAAGGAGGACAAGGCCCCAGUGGCACCCACCGAGGCCCCCGACGUGGCCAAGGUAGCCCCCAAGCCAGCCACGCCCGAGGAGGUGCCUGCAGCCGAGGAAAUUCCUGAACCUGAGCCCCCCAAGGCCGAGGAGAGUUUCAGGCCGAGAGAGGAUGAGGAAGGCCAGGAGGGGCAGGACUCCAUGUCCAGGGCCAAAGCCAACUGGCUGCGUGCCUUCAACAAGGUGCGGAUGCAGCUGCAGGAGGCCCGGGGAGAAGGAGAGAUGUCCAAAUCUCUGUGGUUCAAAGGCGGCCCAGGGGGCGGUCUCAUCAUCAUCGACAGCAUGCCUGACAUCCGCAAGAGGAAACCUAUCCCGCUCGUGAGUGACCUGUCCCUGGUCCAGUCCAGGAAAGCGGGCAUCACCUCGGCCUUGGCCUCCAGCACGUUGAACAACGAGGAGCUGAAAAACCACGUUUACAAGAAGACCCUGCAAGCCUUAAUCUAUCCCAUCUCAUGCACGACGCCGCACAACUUCGAGGUGUGGACGGCCACCACGCCCACCUACUGCUACGAGUGCGAGGGGCUGCUGUGGGGCAUCGCGAGGCAGGGCAUGCGCUGCACCGAGUGCGGCGUCAAGUGCCACGAGAAGUGCCAGGACCUGCUCAACGCCGACUGCCUGCAGCGGGCCGCGGAGAAGAGCUCCAAGCACGGGGCGGAGGACCGGACGCAGAACAUCAUCAUGGUGCUCAAGGACCGCAUGAAGAUCCGGGAGCGCAACAAACCCGAGAUCUUCGAGCUCAUCCAGGAGAUCUUCGCGGUGACCAAGACCGCGCACACGCAGCAGAUGAAGGCGGUCAAGCAGAGCGUGCUGGACGGCACAUCCAAGUGGUCCGCCAAGAUCAGCAUCACUGUGGUCUGUGCCCAGGGCUUGCAGGCAAAGGACAAGACGGGAUCCAGUGACCCCUAUGUCACCGUCCAGGUUGGGAAGACCAAGAAACGGACAAAAACCAUCUAUGGGAACCUCAACCCAGUGUGGGAGGAGAAUUUCCACUUUGAAUGUCACAAUUCCUCCGACCGCAUCAAGGUGCGCGUCUGGGAUGAGGAUGAUGACAUCAAAUCCCGUGUGAAACAGAGGUUCAAGAGGGAAUCUGACGAUUUCCUGGGGCAGACGAUCAUUGAGGUGCGGACGCUCAGCGGCGAGAUGGACGUGUGGUACAACCUGGACAAGCGAACUGACAAAUCUGCCGUGUCGGGCGCCAUCCGGCUCCACAUCAGUGUGGAGAUCAAAGGCGAGGAGAAGGUGGCCCCGUAUCACGUCCAGUAUACCUGUCUGCACGAGAACCUCUUCCACUUCGUGACGGAUGUGCAGAACAAUGGGGUCGUGAAGAUCCCGGAUGCCAAGGGCGACGAUGCCUGGAAGGUUUACUACGAUGAGACAGCCCAGGAGAUUGUGGACGAGUUUGCCAUGCGCUAUGGCGUCGAGUCCAUCUACCAAGCCAUGACCCACUUUGCCUGCCUCUCCUCCAAGUAUAUGUGCCCGGGGGUGCCCGCCGUCAUGAGCACCCUGCUCGCCAACAUCAAUGCCUACUACGCGCACACCACCGCCUCCACCAACGUGUCUGCCUCCGACCGCUUCGCCGCCUCCAACUUCGGGAAAGAGCGCUUCGUGAAACUCUUGGACCAGCUGCAUAACUCUCUGCGGAUUGACCUCUCCAUGUACCGGAAUAACUUCCCAGCCAGCAGCCCGGAGAGACUCCAGGACCUCAAAUCCACUGUGGACCUUCUCACCAGCAUCACCUUCUUUCGGAUGAAGGUACAAGAACUCCAGAGCCCACCCCGAGCCAGCCAGGUGGUAAAGGACUGUGUUAAAGCCUGCCUUAAUUCUACCUACGAGUACAUCUUCAACAACUGUCACGAACUCUACAGCCGGGAGUACCAGACAGACCCGGCCAAGAAGGGGGAAGUUCCCCCAGAGGAACAGGGUCCCAGCAUCAAGAACCUCGACUUCUGGUCCAAGCUGAUUACCCUCAUAGUGUCCAUCAUUGAGGAAGACAAGAAUUCCUACACUCCCUGCCUCAACCAGUUUCCCCAGGAGCUGAAUGUGGGGAAAAUCAGCGCUGAAGUGAUGUGGAAUCUGUUUGCCCAAGACAUGAAGUAUGCCAUGGAGGAGCACGACAAACAUCGUCUAUGCAAGAGUGCCGACUACAUGAACCUCCACUUCAAGGUGAAAUGGCUCUACAAUGAGUAUGUGACGGAACUUCCCGCCUUCAAGGACCGUGUGCCCGAGUACCCUGCAUGGUUUGAACCCUUCGUCAUCCAGUGGCUGGACGAGAAUGAGGAGGUGUCCCGGGAUUUCCUGCAUGGCGCCCUGGAGCGAGACAAGAAGGAUGGGUUCCAGCAGACCUCGGAGCAUGCUCUAUUCUCCUGUUCCGUGGUGGACGUCUUCUCCCAACUCAACCAGAGCUUUGAAAUCAUCAAGAAACUCGAGUGCCCCGACCCCCAGAUUGUGGGGCACUACAUGAGACGCUUUGCCAAGACCAUCAGUAAUGUGCUCCUCCAGUAUGCAGACAUCAUCUCCAAGGACUUUGCCUCCUACUGCUCCAAGGAGAAGGAGAAAGUGCCCUGCAUCCUCAUGAACAACACUCAACAGCUGCGAGUUCAGCUGGAGAAGAUGUUCGAAGCCAUGGGAGGGAAGGAGUUGGAUGCCGAAGCCAGUGACAUCUUGAAGGAGCUUCAGGUGAAACUCAAUAAUGUCUUGGACGAGCUCAGCCGGGUGUUUGCCACCAGCUUCCAGCCACACAUUGAAGAGUGUGUCAAACAGAUGGGUGACAUCCUUAGCCAGGUUAAGGGCACAGGCAAUGUGCCAGCCAGUGCCUGCAGCAGCGUGGCCCAGGACGCUGACAAUGUGUUACAGCCCAUCAUGGACCUGCUGGACAGCAACCUGACCCUCUUUGCCAAAAUCUGUGAGAAGACGGUGCUGAAGCGGGUGCUGAAGGAGCUGUGGAAGCUGGUUAUGAACACGAUGGAGAAAACCAUCGUCCUGCCACCCCUCACCGACCAGACGGGGAACCUCUUGAGAAAACAUGGCAAGGGAUUAGAAAAGGGCAGGGUGAAAUUGACAAGCCACUCAGACGGAACCCAAAUGAUCUUCAAUGCAGCUAAGGAACUGGGCCAGCUGUCCAAACUCAAGGACCACAUGGUACGAGAAGAAGCCAAGAGCUUGACCCCGAAGCAGUGUGCCGUUGUUGAGUUGGCCCUGGACACCAUCAAGCAAUAUUUUCACGCGGGUGGCGUGGGCCUUAAGAAGACCUUCCUGGAGAAGAGCCCGGAUCUGCAAUCCUUGCGCUAUGCGCUGUCACUCUACACGCAGGCCACUGACCUGCUCAUCAAGACCUUCGUACAGACGCAAUCGGCCCAGGUCCAUGGUGGAAAAGGUACUAGGUUUACCCUUAGUGAAGACAUUUAUCCUGAGAAGGGCACGGGUGUAGAAGACGCUGUGGGUGAAGUCUCCGUCCAUGUUGAGCUGUUUGCUCAUCCGGGAACUGGAGAACACAAGGUCACAGUGAAAGUGGUGGCUGCCAAUGACCUCAAAUGGCAGACUUCUGGCAUCUUCCGGCCGUUCAUCGAGGUCAACAUCAUUGGGCCCCAGCUCAGUGACAAGAAACGCAAGUUUGCAACCAAAUCCAAGAACAAUAGCUGGGCUCCCAAGUACAAUGAGAGCUUCCAGUUCACGCUGAACGCCGACGCGAGCCCCGAGUGCUACGAGCUGCAGGUGUGCGUCAAGGACUACUGCUUCGCGCGUGAGGACCGCACGGUGGGGCUGGCCGUGUUGCAGCUGCGGGAGCUAGCCCAGCGCGGGACCGCCGCCUGCUGGCUGCCGCUCGGCCGCCGCAUCCACAUGGACGACACAGGCCUCACGGUGCUGCGCAUCCUCUCUCAGCGCAGCAACGACGAGGUGGCCAAAGAGUUCGUGAAGCUCAAGUCGGACACGCGCUCCGCCGAGGAGGGCGGUGCCGCGCCUGCGCCUUAGCGCCGGGCGCACAGCCAAGCGGCAGUGCGCCUGCGCGGAGGGCGCUGGGCGGGGAGGGGCCGGGCUUUGCGCCUCAGUGGGACCACCCUCGGGGCGGGGCUCGGGGGGCUCCGCCCCGAGGGAGGGCUACGCCUACGUCCCUGAUUUAGCUCUCGCUUUGGGGGACUUAGCAAUGAAGGAUGCCCCGCCCUCUCGGGAGGCCACGCCCAAGGGUGCGACGAAGGAAGAAGCCACAUCUCCAACUUGAGGCCACGCCCCCAGCAUUUAGGGGGCAUUUUGAGCUGGGAUGGGGGAAACCUCAUCCCUAUGGAGGAGGCCACAUCCCGGGGCUCUGGUACCGGGAGGCACCGUCUCCUGUCCCCUGGAAAAGCCAUAAGACAGGUCCCAGAACCCUGGGACCCCAGACCAAUUGCCAAGUAUGAAAAUCUCAGCUCACUCAAGGGGGAGCCCUGGGCAAGGGUCAGGGCUACCUGGAGCGCCCCUGGAGGUGGCCUGGGGGCUGGAGGGACCAGGAUGCUGGUUGGAGGGACCGGGAAUACCGUAGUCCCUUUAGAUGUUUGUGCAAAAAAUAAAUGGGGGGGGGGAGGAUGGGAUUUCAAAAGCACAUGCGCCCUUGGGCGCCCAAACCCUGGGGGCCGAGAGACGGCUCUGGGGCACCCGCGCUGCCCCUACUUCCCUUUGGCAGUUAGCCUCUUCUUCUCCCCCAACAAACCCAGUGCUCAUAUCAUAGAGUUCAACACACCCAUUUGACAGAUGGCGAAACAGGCUCAAAGAGCUGCUUGAGACUUGGCUGAGGUUCCCAGUGCCAUACCCUCUAUCCCCUCCCUUAGGCCUGUGUGCCCCAUGGAAGGGUGGGCUGAGGUCGGGAUGACUUGACACAGCUCCCUAUUGCUGCUAAUUCCCCCUUGGGGGCCUCCUCCAAGGGGUGGGAGUUCCAGGCCAAGACCCCUACUUCACCUUUCCUUCUCUGGCUGCCAAGCAAAACCCCUGCCCUCAACCCUUUCUCCUGGGACUCCAUAAGGGAUGCCAUGAGGGCUCUUGAUCUCCCACCACAAAAGAGAGAAUUUGGGAGCUCUGGUCCCAGGUUUCUCCACCCCUUCUUCCUUUCCCAGAAUUCUCCAGACAGGAAAGUACAGGAGACAAGAAACUCUAGGGGUGUGUGUGCAAGAGAGAGAGAGAGAGAACACAAACACACUCAGAGCUGAGUCUCCAAGAUCCUAUUCAUUCAUUCAAACACCCAAGCCACAGGAUAUAUACUCGGGUGGCCCUCUUGCCUGCUGGAAGCUCCUUCUCCAAUGAGCAAAGUUGCGGUGACUUGGCUGGAGUUACCACGUGCUUACAGGACCUUUAGAGAAAGUUCAGCAUGAGCUAUGUUUGCUCUGCUUUUCUACCUGUGUGGAUGGCAUGCCUUUUUCUGCUGGAAUGGGAAGGGCAAGACUUUGCUGUGCCAGGGAGAAAUGAAAACGGGGUGAGAUGAAUAGCUGGGUUCCUGGAGGAUGGAGUAUCAGAUGGGGAGGCUUUCCGAGGUGAAGAAUGAGAGGGAACCACUUACUUGAGAGAAAAGAGCUCCAGGCAGGGGGAACAGCACAUGCAAAGGCCAGGCGAUGAGAACUGUUGAAACAAGAAGAAGGGUGGCAUGGCUGGAGCUGAGCCAUCGAGGAUGACCCCGGGAGCCUUGGGGCUAGGGAGAUUUGCAGAGGCAUCAGACCAGGCAGGGUCUCGUCCACUGUCCUGAGGAGUUUCACUUUUAUUCUAAGACAGCUGGGGAGCCCUAGGAGAUUUUUAAGCUGGGGAGGGAUUGUAUUCCAGCAUGCAAAAGCUGUUCUGUGAAGACUAAAACCAGUGAAGAGUGGUGGGGAUGCUUUGGAGAUGCUGAAAUUGAUUCUUGGAAAGAUUCCGAGGGCUAUAUUUAAAGAAAAGACACCUGUAAUCCCAGCACUUUGGGAGGCCAAGGCUGGCAGAUCCUUUAAGGUCAGGAGUUCAAGACCAGCCUGGCCAACAUGGUGAACCCGUCUUUACUAAAAAUACAAAAAUUUGCCAGGCACGGUGGUGUGUGCCUGUAGUCCCAGCUACUCAGGAGACUGAGGCAGGAAAAUUGCUUGAACACUGAAGGCAGAGGUUGCAGUGAACUGAAAUCACACCACUGUGCUCCAGCCUGGGCAACAAUACUCCAUCUGUCCCCUCCCCGAUAAAAAAAAAAAUCUGCCCUUAGGUGAGCUCCAGGGCUGUGGGGCACAGUUGUCCCAGUUGUAUAGUGCCCAACGGUUUGGCAUCUCUAAGAAGGCCACAUGCAAAUCCUAGACAUUAAGUGUUGUAUGUUUAUGAUGAUGGUUUACCGACAUAGGAAGGGCAGCUGUCUGGAAGAAGGGGCGCCACUUUCUAAUUGGCUUGAAGGUACUGCGUGUCCCCUAAAUUCAGACGGGCGCAGGUAAGUAGACGUUCUGAACCAAAGGUUAAAAUGCAAACUCUAGUGCAGGAUUGGGAAGCUGCAGCCAGGAAUAAGGGAGUGUCUGUUAAUGGACUGAGGAGCAGAUGUGAAUUUCAGACCAUGCCAUGGCUGAGGGCGGGGAGAGGAUGGAUGGAUGAUUCAGGGUUGUAACCAGUAGACUCCAAAGGGGAAGAAGUGAUCUGUGACCUGGGUGAGGGUGAUCUGGAAGAUUUUGGAUGGCUGGGAAGAAAUGGGGAAAUUGAGCUGCCUGAGAGAGCCAAAAUGUUUCCCAAAGGAUUCCUUAGGAGUCUUUCUGGUCAUGAUCUCAGAGUGUGUGUGUGUGGUCAAGAUCUCGGGAGUGUGUGUGUGUGUGUGUGUGUGUGUGUGUGUUUAGGGUUCCCCAGCAAUGGCCCAGACAUGUGAAGGAAGCAAGCUUUAGGGAAUAUUUGGCGAAUGAAUUUUCCUCCCAGACCAGAACUGUUUUUGCAAUUUCCUCCCUCUUUUCUUUCCCCCAGAGAGCUCCUACUCAUCCUUCAAAACCCAUCACGAAAACCUCUUGAAGAAAACCCUCCCUCUUUCCCCUCAGGACUUUUCCAGCCUCCGUCCCUCCUCCAGUCCAGCCUGAUGCCAUGGGACUGGGGGUGUCUCUGUUGAGCUGUUUCUCCCAGACAGGGGUCUGAGGCCUCUCAGGAACCCCAACUUUACCUAGAACAGGCUGAGCACAAGGGGGUACCAGGGAGGAUGUGCCUAGUGGAAUUAUGUGUUGGGACAGGGUUGGUGUGUGAAUACACAUCCGCAUGCGUGUCUGUCCGUGUCCAUACCAACCUUCCCCUUCCACACGGACCUGGGCAUUUAGGAGGUGUCUGAGCCAGACUGAGGCCAACACAUGGGACAGAGAAUGGACAUGGCUGAGACACGGACAGAGAAAAGACAAAGAGUCCAGGGGGCUGAAAACCUUUUGAAAUCAGGAAGUUCCUGUCUUGGUCUUGGCAGAACAAAGCUCAGAGAGGAGCAGGGCCCAGCCUUGGACGACACCUCCAGGGUUCUGAACCCUGGAUCUGGCUUCAUGCAAGGAGGUGGCCCAGAUGUCCAUGAAUCAGGGAAAGGCCACAGAGGUUGUCCUGUGGCAGGGUGGGGGUUAAAGGGGUGACACUGAGUGAUGCCUCAGAGUCAAAGUCCCUUGACCAAGAGGAAUAGAGAAAGUAGAAAACAGAGACGGAAGGCUGGGCGCCGUGCCUCACACUUGUAAUCCCAGCAUUUUGGGAGGCCGAGGCGGGCAGAUCACCUGGGGUUGGGAGUUCGAGACCAGCCUGACCAACAUGGAGAAACCCUAUCUCUACUAAAAAUAUAAAAUUAGCUGGGCAUGGUGGCAUGUGCCUGUAACCCCAGCUACUCGGGAGGCUGAGGCAGGAGAAUUGCUUGAACCCAGGAGGUGGAGGUUGCAAUGAGCCAAGAUUGAGCCAUUGCAGUCCAGCCUGGGUGACAAGAGUGAAACUUCUUCUCAAAAAAAAAAGAAAGAAAGAAAAGAAAACAGAGGGUGAGAUCAUGCCCUGAUGAGGAUGGAGAGAGACAGAGAUGGAGAGAGACACAGAGGUGGAGAAAUACAGAGAAAGAGAAUUGCAGAGACCAGGGCAGGGCUCUUGGGGGAAGUAAAGAGAGUGUCCCAGAGAAAGAAGGAUCUGUUCAGUCUCAGCAAUCUGUCCUCCAAUGAUUUGCAUAAAAUGAGGAGGUGCCUGUCCAUGCCCCCAAUUCUGCUCUCAGGUUCCAGAGCCUGAAACCUCACCAUGCCCCCAUCAGAGAUGCAAAAAACUAAACACCCAACUAGAAAUCCUUGGGACCUCUCGGCUGGGAUCUCAGAGCCUUUCUGUCCCCCACUCCUACCCCCAUGUGCUGUCGAUUUUGCAGAUGGGGACAGCCUGGGGCCUCCUGGAACUCUGCCACCCUGGGGAAGUUGCGGGGAGGGCCUCCGUCCUGGAUCACAACCUCGUCUGCUCCUCAAAAUCCUUUCCUACGAAUCGUUGAGGACCAAAGUUGUCUUUGCUGACACGUGUUGCUUUUCUCUUUGCCUUUUAUUGUUUUAGAGAAAAAUGAAGUUGACUGUGUCAAGUAACACCCCACCCCUUCCCCCCAUCCAGCCAUAGUGGCUCUCUGGAGACACAGGUCACAGGCGGAGGGUCCCCCAAUCAUCCACAACCACACAGCCAGGGGGACUUGACCCCUGUCCAUCCCUGUCUCGUGCUCUGUCAGACACCCUCCAGAUCGGCCAAGCAGUCCCAGGAGGCUUCCCCUCCACACAGCUUCUCUUAGCAUGUGAUUGCAGAUGUGAAAUCAAAACGUUGUUCGUUUCUUGUUUUGUUUUGAUUCCACCCCGUCGGUCCGGCGUCUGCACAGAUGCCUUCAUUUCUCUGUAAAUACGUGACUUGGAACAAAUGUUUAACACAAGAAGUGCUCAUGAAUGCAUGGUGUUGAGAUGUUUUGCACUAUUCUGACUUUUUGGUCUCUGUAAAAAUAUUUUAUUAACAGCAGACAUUAAAAAAAGAAAAAGCACACACA